GCCUCUAGGAAUCUCUUCAAGCCCCUCAAGCUGGGCCGUGCCGAGCUCUCCAACCGGCUGGCCAUGGCUCCCCUUACCCGCUUACGCGCCAACAAGGACCACGUCCCCAUCCAACCCAUCGUCUCCGAAUACUACGCCCAGCGUUCCUCCGUGCCAGGCACCCUCCUCAUCAGCGAGGCGACCUUGAUCGCGCCCCAGGCCGGGGGUUACUCCAACGUCCCCGGCGUCUGGUCCGACGCGCAGGUCGAGAGCUGGCGCAAGGUGGCCGACGCCGUCCACGCCAAAAAGGGCGUCAUCUACAUGCAGCUCUGGGCCCUGGGCCGCGCCGGCAAGCCCGCCACGCUGCAGGGGGAGCUCGGCGAGGGCGCCCGGAUCGUCAGCGCCAGCGACAUCGCCCUCGAGGGCGGCGCCACGCCCUCGCCGCUGACCGAGGACGAGAUCUGGCAGUACGUCGGCUGGUACGCGCAGGCGGCCAAGAACGCCGUGGCGGCCGGGUUCGACGGCGUCGAGAUCCACGGCGCCAACGGCUACCUGGUCGACCAGUUCCUGCAGGAUGUCAGCAACAAGCGCACCGACCGGUGGGGCGGCUCCGUCGAGAACAGGGCGCGCUUCGCCCUCGAGACCACCAAGGCCGUGGCCGCUGCCAUCGGCGGCGACAGGACCGCCAUCCGCCUGAGCCCCUACUCGUCGUUCCAGGACAUGGGCAUGGCCGACCCCGUGCCGCAGUUCUCGUACCUGGUUCGGGAGCUCAAGCAGUUCGGGCUGGCGUACAUCCACCUGGUCGAGUCCAGGUUCCAGGGCAUAGACACUGCCGAGGUCGAGUCUACCAAGAAGCUCAACUUCCUCGUGGACAUCUGGGACAACCAGAGCCCUGUGCUGCUCGCUGGUGGGUUCACCGCCGCGUCUGCCCACACGGCUGUGGACGAGGAGUUCCCGAACAACAAUGUCAUGGUUGUCUUUGGGCGGUACUUUAUCUCGAACCCGGACUUGGUCUUCAAGGUCGACAAGGAGAUCCCAUUUACGGCUUACAAUCGUGAUACGUUUUAUUUGCCGGAAAAGCCAGAGGGGUACACUGAUUAUCCGUUCAGCAACGAGUUUUUGGAAGCCAAGGCAUAGAUGUUUGCUGUUUGCACAUGGAUAGAUAAAUUAGAGAUGUGUGUGUGUGUGUAUUUGGAGAGAGCGGGAGACAAAGAGAUUUUGGUGUAUUAAUUUAUAGCCUGUGAUAUCCAAGUCAAGUUUUGUUGAAAGAUA